AUUCUGAAUCCUCAAUGAAUAUUUAUGCAUGAGAUGAGAAAAAGGAAUAAUAUUUGUGUUCUCCAAUCUUCUUAUUUAUUUACACACACACUAUUCCCAAUUUGUUAAUUUCUUCUACUCUAUCUUAUUACCUUCAUUUUUCCAUGGAUCUUCUUCCUGGUCUUCCUAAUGAUAUUGCUCUUGAAUGUCUAAUUCGUCUUCCUCUCCACCAAUUCUCUAAAGCUGCUUCUGUAUGUACCAACUGGAAACGCGAGAUUAAGCACCCAUUGUUUCGCCAACGCCGCAAGGAUUCGGGUCUUACCCGACCCAUUUUCGCAUUGGCCCAAGCCAUGGUUACUACCAUUCGAAAACCUUACGGAAUUACAACCCUCUCGUCUACCCAAUUCUAUCGCCUCUCCAUUUAUGAUCCGGAAAGGGGUUGUUGGUAUGAUUUGCCGCCGAUACCGGACUUAGUUGAUGGUUUGCCCAUGUUUUGCCGGGUUGUGGGAGUCGGGUCGGAUGUAAUUGUGAUGGGCGGGUGUGACCCUGUUAAUUGGAGGGUUAUGGACUCUGUUUUCAUCUACAAUAUCAUAUCGGGUUCGUGGAGUCGUGGGGCCGACAUGCCGGGAGAACAGAGGCUCUUCUUCGGAUGUGCGUCGGAUUCGGAGAGAUUUGUGGUUGUCGCCGGCGGACAUAGUGACGAGAAGAAUGCGGCGAGAUCGGCUCUGUUGUAUGACGUGGCGGAAGAUGAGUGGGUUACGCUGCCGGAAAUGGCCAUUGACCGAGACGAGUGCAAGUGCGCAUUUCACCGCGGUGAAUUCCACGUCAUCGGAGGCUAUCCUACGCAUGCACAGGGUCAAUUCCAGCGCAGCGCUGAGGUGUUCGACUCCGCCACCUGGCAGUGGCGCAUGGUUGAGGACUUCCUCGGUGCCGACACGUGUCCCCAGACCUGCAUAGAAGGCGGCGACGGGAGACUAUACAUGUGCCGAGACGGUGACGUGGUCGUAAGGAUUGACGCCACGUGGAAACACGUGGCGAGACUGCCAGGUGAGGUAUCCAACGGGGCGCAUCUGACAGCGUCGCAGGGGAAGUUGUUAGCCGUGGGAAAUUCAAUAUUAGAUGAACUCCACAGUAUCUAUGAACUUGAUGUGAGUAGUGACAGUAAAGAGAAAUCAUGGAGAAAAUUGGACACUUCAGAUGAAUACUGUGGACAUGUUCAAUCAGUUUGUUGUUUAGAGAUAUGAAUCUGUUAAAGGAUGGUAUGAACUUUGCUUGUUUUCUGGAUUUUCUUAUGUCACAAAUCCUACACGAGCAAACAAUGUGGUGCACCAGAUGAAGUUGUUUCUCUCUUUGUUGGGCUUAGGUAGUGUGAAUUAGAAUUAGUCAGAUUUCAACUAUCCAACCUCCAAACCAAAAAAACAAGAAAAAAGUGAUCUUGUACAUAUUUGAUUCUUCUUUUUAUCUAGUUGUUUUUUCUGUUACAUUACCUAUGUCAGCUGCCAGGGGUUUGUUGUUUAUUUUUGGAUUUUGUUUUCUCCGUUUGACAGUCUUUCGGUCUUAGUCACGUACUCAGCUAUUUAAGGCCAAAUAUAACUGAGUUUGAAUUUGUUUUUUUGAAUAUAAUUUAAAUAGUAGUGUCAAAAAUAAUUAUAAAC